GAAGUAGACAUCAGCAGUGUAAUCUGUCGGCUCUGUUCUUGUGCUGCGAGUGAAUUGUAUGGGAAACGUUUUGGGACACGUCGAUAUAUAAACGCAUAAAAUGCCCAAGAGCUCCAAGAAAAAGAAAGAAAAGGCAGCUGAUUUUUCGAAAGCCAAGCUUAAACUUGGUAAAGGAAAACAAUUAGCCAGCAAUGUUAUUGAUACCUCAUUCAAGGCUCGGACCAUUGCUUUACCUACACAGAGUAUCGCCACAGAAAAAGAUGAUACCAUACCCACCACUAGGAAGAGACUUUCUUUCGAUGACCUCAUAUCCCAUCUGGGUCAUUACAGCGCUGGGGUGCGCAAAGACGCCAUCUUUAGUCUUAAAGAACUCUUUGAGGCAUAUCCACAGAUCAUCGAGAAGUCGUUGACAACUUUCCUGAAUGCCAGUGUGCGUUUGAUAGGAGACGAGGACUCCAGCGUACGAGAAACUUUACUGCGUUUUCUAGACUGGUUCCUCCUAUUGGUACCAACAGUACGACUUGAAAAACUCUUACCAUAUUCAUCACUCAUCCUUCUAUUCACCACUUCCGCUCAAACUAACAUCUUCCCCGAGAUCCGCAUCGACGCCGUACGAUUCUUAGACCUUUUCCUGAAUGUUUUCCCCCAGAAUGUUGUAGCAGGAUGGAUGGGAAACGGGACCGGGCACGGCAAACAGGUUUUAGAGGGAUAUCUAGGGAUACUAAGUGCAGGGUCUAAAUAUGAUAGCGCCGACAGUGGUGUCCAAGCCACAUCCACUGCCAGUGUUGUUCUUUCGUCCAAGUCCAAAGCACUGGUACUGAACUCCUUGUCGACUUUUCUCAAAGUGGCUCUCUCUAUAACCCAUCACACUGGGAGUUCAGACAGUGAUUACCUACCGACAUGGUAUUUUCUCCCCUCUUUUACCACAGGUGAAGCUUUCCGAUCAUAUGAUCAGUUCUUCCGCCCGGGUUCGUCAUCAAGCACACACAGACUCUGGAAACCAGAAGUCGAGCUCGAGUCAUUCGAUGAAGAUUUUUGUUAUAGCUAUGUAGCAGCAACGGACCCUCUCGUUCCCGAAUGGAAUGUGCAGAUAUUAAAUGAGCUACCGGAUGUAACCAUGAGCACCGAAGGCAACAAUCUGCACCCAUCCAUCGACCCGUCUUUUGUAGUCCACUUAGCACGAACGCUUCACGACACUCUAUUAUCAACUUUCCUUGAUUGCGCACCUUCAGUGUUCUCUCCGAGCUCAAAUCCACCAGAUGUAGAGGUUACACUCGUCAAAGCUACUGUAAAGAUCACAUGUACGCUUUACAGAGUAAUUCUACAGCAGUCAACAGCCGUACCAGCAAUGUGUAAUGAAUUGAAAACAUUGCUCGGUUUUAUGACACCUUAUUUUCCAUUCAAACCUGCGCAUCGAGAUAUGAAGAUGGAACAGGUUUUUCAAGACCUUAACAUAAUAUAUUGCGAACUUACAUCAUUACUCAACAUUUCGUCGCACUGGCGUUCUCCGGAGUCCAAUCAACGUAAAAAUCUUGGCCGAACAGGGCGCAAGGGAAACACAAAACGCGAUGCAUUCCAUGGCUUGUCACAAACGCCUGAUAGAAAAUUAUCCAUGCAAGCUCAGGCUGUCAGCUCAUACAUCAUCCAAUUGUUGCAAUGCGACUUUACCUCGAACGCACUCGCUCGGCCGUUAACUACCACGGCGUAUGCUGCAAUAUUGCCAACAAUCUGGUCGUUGCUCAAUCAGCCUGUAGGGUUACAUUCUGAACAGGAAGCAACAUCGAUACCAGAAACGGUGUUGAGCGCGACACUUGAACACGCAAUGAAGACUUCAUCAAAAGCUGCAGUAAAAAGGUGGACGAUUGAAUUCAUUGCCCGUAUUUCUCUUUUGGAGACAGAUGCUGGAUAUAAGGGCAACUUGGGAGCUCUUUUCCGAAAUCAAAAACAAAAACACGAAGAGUGGAUUCUUCAUCUCCCGCAAACAUUAUGGGAAAUUGGAGCCAAUGAUCUUGUCACUUCCGAGACUAUCAUUCGUUUCCUCUUGCGUCUAUGUCAGCGCAGACGGGCUCACAUGUCGUACGAGCUCGUCUCAGCAAUUCACUCGCGUCUAAUACCUUACUUCGGAUUUAUGCAUGCUGUGCGUGGCCGCAUUCCUGGCCCAUAUACAAAAAUACCAUCCACUUCCUCGUCAUUGCGAAGACUUUCGGGCACGGAUCAACAAUCGGAGGGGUGUGACACUAUUUGUCAAGCAGCAGAAGCGGCUGUCAGAGGCACGCCCGAGGAGGCAUAUUGGGCACAGCUGAUUAGUAUCAUAGUAACUGAUAAAUGAAAUAUGUUAGUUGACGGCU